AAGACGUGACGCAGUUCGACCAGCGCUCCGCUUUUGUGCAGCCUAGCAGCGGCUCACUGCAGCAGAGAGCUCGGCCGCCCGGUGCGAACGGCUCGGCCACUCCCCCGGUUCCUUGGAGCUCCGCUGUGCCGUCACGAUGGAGUUUUUACUGGGGAACCCGUUCAGCACUCCUGUAGGACAGCGGAUCGAGAGUGCAACCAGCUCCAGCCUGCCCACAGAAGACUGGUCUGUGAACAUGGAGAUCUGUGACAUCAUCAACAACUCAGAGGAAGGGCCCAAAGAUGCCGUCAGAGCCAUAAAAAAAAGGAUUGUGGGAAACAAGAAUUUUAAGGAGGUCAUGCUGGCACUCACAGUGCUAGAAACCUGCGUGAAGAACUGUGGAUACAGGCUGCACAUCCUGGUGACCACGAGGGAUUUCACAGAAGGGGUUCUGCUCCGCUCCAUCAUCCCCAGGAACAACCCUCCCCUCAUCGUGCACGACCGAGUGCUCGGCAUCAUACAGGCGUGGGCCGACGCAUUCCGGAGCUCGCCCGACCUGACGGGUGUGGUGGCCGUGUACGAAGACCUGCGCAGGAAAGGACUGGAGUUCCCUACCACAGAACUGGAUGGCUACAUCCCGGUCCAAGCCCCCAAAAGGACCUCGCCUCAAAACGGGCCUGUCGUGGCUUCGCUGCUCUCCUCCAAACCCCCCCUAAACCCACCCCAGACUCUCGAGCUAAAACACACGCUAAACGGAAGUGAGGCCUUCACUCCCAACCAGGUCAAAGCGCUCAAGACGGAGCUGGGAGCCGUGCGGAGCAACCUCACGAUGAUGUCGGAUAUGAUGAGUCAGCUGGAUCCCGUCACCAUCAAGCAAGCCGCCACGGAGCUGCUCGAGUUGUACAGCGUGUGUAAGGACAUGCAGGACAGGAUCGUCAAGAUCGUGCCCAGGCUGAGCGAGGAGAAGAUGAUCCAAGAGUUGCUGGCAACCAACGACGAGAUGAACACCACCUUCUCUCGGUACCACAGUUUUGGGAGACAGUCCACCAAUGGACCGAACGCCCCACAAAAGGUUUACAUGGUUCUAACAGACGUCAAUGUGAGCCAAUCAGAGGCUGCGUCAGUCCCCAAUGGAGGCUCUCUUAGCCAAUCAAAAGUGGACAGCUUGUCCAGCCAAAUGGCAGGUCUUGACGCAAGUGGCGCAGAUGACGUGGAUGCAUUAUCACGGACGGGAAACGCCUCAACCGAAAGCGGAAGGGACAACGUGGAUGGCCUCGUGGCACAAGCUCAGGACAACACCAUGCAGAACUCCACAGCGGAUCACAGCCCGUCCUCCUCCAGAAGCUCCUCACCAAAGUUAGACUGGAUGAUUAAAAGGGGAAUGAUUCCUGUCAAGCAGUCCAACGUAAUGGACGAUAUUGAGAAAUGGCUCGCCCUGGAAGAUGAGUACGACGACUUCGAGGACUCGGAUGGCGUCACAAGUGAAGAGUUCGACAAGUUCUUGGCACAAAGAGCCAAAGCGGCGGAGCGGCUGCCUUCGGUGCGACAGUCUUCCCAGGACGCCAACCAGUCGGAGUCCUGAGCUUCCACCCGGCAACACUCACCAAGUCCCUCAGGGAGCGAUGAUCUUUUAAUGUUUCACUGGCACAUUCAGCAUAAGGGACUGCAGCCCAUAUUUAGUACCUGUCUUACUGCUUCGCUGGGGUUCCAACUCUCAACGUGUCCGAAGGACUCUUUUACUUGACGUCGUAAUUAAAGUGGCGGCAAUGCAAACUUUUGCACAAUUUCUAUGGCGACAUUCCUGCUAUCGAAGAAGGACACAUGGAAUAUUGUUACUCACAACUUUUGCAACAUAGAUAAUUAUAUAAUUUUAUUCGUGACAUCUCAUGGUGGGAUACAGUCAAGGUAGCUUUUAACGUAUAAUUCUCAUAUAAUGAGGCUUUUAUCCAUGUUAAUAUUGACAAAGGGUUUAAAGGAAAAUAGUUUGUUUUUUUUACUUCCAUAACAUUAUUUUGUUAAGAUGUUUUAAGUUGUAAAUGUUUAUAUGCUAUUAUGUAUUAAACCAAACU